AUGGGAUAUAAGAUAUAUUCUAACUCUGACUUAGUUCAAACAGUAACAUGGGCAAACUAUGAAUGGUUCGCUUUGAGAAACUCAGUACAACCACAAGCUAGAGAACAAACAGACCAGUAUGCAACUAUUGAGAAAAUAAGAAGACUUGACCCUAACGUUCCAGGAGUUUAUGUUAACCUUUCUGGUUCAGAUGGAACUGCUGCCACUAAAUUAAAACUGAAACUUAGAGUUCCUUUGUCAUCUUUCCUCAUCUUCAGGUUUUUAAGAUACUUGCCAAACUGGGCAGGAAAAAUUUCUAUCGAACUUACUCCAAGCAAAAAUAACUUAGUCAUUGCACCAACACAAGACCCAUUCACUCUUACAGAAGUAGUGGGAACAAAUAAAAUGUCAUUCGCCGACUUUUGCAAAAACAAAGUUGACUUAGACUUUGGUUUCUCAAACCUCAACACUGAAGUAAACUAUUAUUUCAAUGCUGCUGGAGAUGCUUGGGACCCAGUUAAGUUCACAUGCGAAAAAUUUGAAUGCAAGAGAAUAGAAAGCAGACUUGCAGUCUAUAUGUUGGACCCAGAUAUUUCAAAUGCUUUAGCUGCCAAAUAUAUUGCAGUUCCACUUAUGUUCCCUAUACACCAAAUAUCUGUCAAAGACUUUGCAGGUGAAGUUGGAAACCAAAGUGCUGACCCAGGUGCAAGAACAGAUAUUGCUUUAACAACUGCAAUGAAACAUGCAGAUACUAUGUUUGUACUGUUCAGACGAACUAUAAAUGA